GGUACAAGGCAGGGGUCGGUGCUCGCCAUAGACUUGCGCUGCGGUGACCCAGAACGCUCGCAGUUAUCGCGUUCACUACUGCUUGGUUCACUCGCCACCUUUGCAGCUGCAACAUGGACGCGACUAGUCACGUUGUCAACUUCGGGCCGGGGCCUGCCAAGCUGCCGCGCUCGGUGUUGUUAGAGAUACAAAAAGAGUUAUUGGACUACAAAGGAGUUGGCAUUAGUGUUCUUGAAAUGAGCCACAGAUCUUCCGAUUUCGCCAAGAUCAUUAACAACACAGAGAAUCUCGUGCGGGAAUUGUUAGCUGUUCCAGACAACUACAAGGUGAUUUUUGUGCAAGGAGGUGGGUGCGGCCAGUUCAGUGCGGUUCCGUUAAACCUGAUUGGCCUGAAGGCAGGAAAGUGUGCUGACUAUGUGGUGACAGGAGCUUGGUCAGCCAAGGCUGCAGAAGAAGCCAAGAAGUUUGGGACUGUGAAUAUCGUCCACCCUAAACUUGGGAGUUACACCAAAAUUCCAGAUCCAAACACCUGGAACCUCAACCCAGAUGCCUCCUAUGUCUAUUAUUGUGCAAAUGAGACGGUCCAUGGGGUGGAGUUUGACUUCAUACCUGAUGUCAAGGGAGCAGUGCUGGUUUGCGACAUGUCCUCAAACUUCCUGUCCAAGCCAGUGGAUGUUUCCAAGUUUGGUGUGAUUUUUGCUGGUGCCCAGAAGAAUGUUGGCUCUGCUGGGGUCACCGUGGUGAUCGUCCGUGAUGACCUGCUGGGGUUUGCCCUCAAAGAGUGCCCCUCAGUCCUGGAGUACAAGGCACAGGCCGCAAACAACUCCUUGUACAAUACGCCUUCAUGUUUCAGCAUCUAUGUCAUGGGUGUGGUCCUGGAGUGGAUUAAGAAUAAUGGAGGUGCCUCAGCCAUGGAGAAGCUUAGUUCCAUCAAAUCUCAAAUGAUCUAUGAGAUCAUUGAUAAUUCUCAAGGAUUCUAUGUAUGUCCAGUGGUGCCCCCAAAUAGAAGCAAGAUGAAUAUUCCAUUCCGCAUUGGCAGUGCCAAAGGAGAUGACGCUUUAGAGAAAAGAUUUCUUGAUAAAGCUCUUGAACUCAAUAUGAUCUCCUUGAAAGGGCAUAGGUCUGUGGGAGGCAUCCGGGCCUCUUUGUAUAAUGCCGUCACAAUUGAAGAUGUUCAGAAGCUGGCUGCCUUCAUGAAAAAUUUCCUGGAGAUGCAUCAGCUAUGAACACAUCCUAUCUAGUCUAUACUCUGCCCUUGAAUGACAUAUACAAUUUAAAGUAUCUUGGGAAUGGCUACAAAAAUUUAACAAAUACAGUAUUUUUCUCAAGUGAACAUGCUUAUUCUAGAUUCUUUUUUUUCAAAGAAAAAUAGCAGAACAUCCACAGCUCUGCCGAGCUGGUGGGACCUAAUGGCCACUUUAAUUAUGACUUGAACUGGAAGCCUUUUUAUGAAUUUCCUCUUGCUUUUCUAAUGAAUUGCAGCUUACUUUGUCCCUGCUGCUGCUUUUUCUAGCUAGAGCUCAGAAUUCAAAUGUACCUGUGGACUUAAUAAUGUGGGCUGCAAUUAAUUAUUUUUGGAAUUGUGGAAACACACAGCAUGGAGGGUGGGUGGGGCCCUCUAGGUGCUAAAUUUAGACAGGAGUGGGGUCUUCCAGGUUCUGUAGCUGUUGAUCAAAGUCAGCACUGAUCAUUUGGUGAGCGUUCGGGAGUACCAGUCAAAAGGGCAAACCGUAGAUCUUUAUACUGUUAUUCACGUAAACAGAUAAAAGUGACAUCUGACAGGGUGUCCCAGAUGUCACAAUAAUGUGCGUAGGGAAAAUGGGAAAUUAUAGCUAAAUGUACCUUUAUUCACAAAAUAUUCAUUAGGAAAUUUUAUAAAAUUGCACGUUGAUAUGUAAAUAUAAAAAUAUUAAAAAUAAGAGUUUGUUAAUUUUUCCUAUAUAUGGCAGCCCUUGGGACACCCUGUAGGAUUAUAUAGCGAGGUCUGUUUUUAACGCCAUGUACUUUACAUCUCUAUGCAUUAUAUUUCUAAUAAUACAUUUCUCAGUGAUAACCGGGUAGAGUCUUGUGGAAUUUGUUAAAUCCUUGACCUUGUGCAUUGUAGCAUCCUAUUAGCAAGUCCUUUUUUUAAAAGCUGUUCCAUGGAAAAGAUCUAGAAGUUCUUGAUUCAUUUUUACUCUUCUUUCAGUAGGUAGCAGAGAAGGUUGUUUACGGCUUAUUCUUGUUUGUUUUAAAUAUGCUGUUAAACUAAACAUCUCUGUUAAACCCUAUCUUUUGUUUUCUGUGUUUGACCAGAGUGAUACUUUGAGUUCUAGAUCUUUACUGAAAUGCAUUUCCCCCUAUUGUUUAUCAAUUGUCAGUAUUUUGUGUUGAAUAUGUG